CUGGUCCAGACUAUCGGAUCAAAAUGACUCGAAAGCCCCGAUCAACUACAAGUCAGGAAACUACCGCGGACUCUACAAACCCAGUGUCCAUGGCAGGCUCGGCCGACCCAGCCCACCAGGGGACCAUCCCAAGCACUGCCAUCAAGAUCAUUCCCACUGGACAAAGAAAUUUCCCAGGUCUCACCACUGAAGAAACCGGGCUACUGCGCAAGAAGCAAUAUCGUCUUCGGCUAGCAAAAGCACCGUUGGCCAGAACAGCAGCCGCAUACGGGAAACAUAUCACCACCGCCCUUCAAGCAACAUAUAUCUUCGCCCAGCACGAGGCCGGAACAGCCGCCUGCAUUGAUCCGCAUGGAUGGAUUCUUACCUGCUCUCACUGCUUCGGUGAAUCGGAAAGAGAGUGGCGCGAGAACAUGUAUAAAUGGCUGCUUGACUAUACUGGGAAGUCUGUGCAGGUUGAAUGCUGUUUUUGGGAUGGGAGGAGGGAUCUUGCGCUUGCCAGGGUUGUCUCUGUUGAAACGGAUGAGGUUGAUAUGGGAGCUUUUGAGUUUAUACCGCUGCAUUCGUCUACUUCUGCAGGUGUUUAUGGCCGGGCAGAUAUCGUAUGUCUCGGCCAGCCUGGUUCGGAGGAUCUCGAGUCCGAGAGCCCUCAAGCGACGGAUUAUGAUCUGAUUGAGAUAUCGGAAGGGAGGUUACGAGGGCUGGUUCCUGAUGCUGACCCGCAUGAUAAUUCAGAGAUUGGCAGUCUGAAGCACGAUGCGUGGACGUAUUGGGGCCAUUCGGGAGCGCCGCUGGUUUGUGGUCGGACUGGCAAGUUGCUCGGGCUGCAUUCAUCCUGGGAUGAUAUGACGGCGAUGAGGCAUGGAGUACCGCUUGUUGCUAUUAGAGCGUUCCUGGGAUCGCAUCUUCCUGGAUUCGAAGCUGCUGGUUCGGAUGCAAAUGUAGAUAUUAUUAUUAUAGAUUAACUACACAGGGUAUAUCAAUUCCCAACAUUCAUAGCCAACGCCCAAUGCUGCUCUCCCUCAAUAUCAACAGUAUUGCUGCCCGCAACAAAUCCAACGCGCUCAUACAAUCUCUUCGCGGUAUGGUUAUGCUUCGCGACCAGCACAACCACCGUCGCAUCCACCCCCUUCUGCGUCGUCUCCCCAUACACAGCCGUGAUCGCAGCCUCAACCAGUCUCCUCCCAUUCCCUGCUCCCCGUCCUUCAGGGAGUACAUACAUCCCGACAAGUGUGUAAACGACUCUGGACCCCGGUGGAAU